CCAAAUUCCCUAAAGCAAUGACUACUGCACAGCUCUCUUGGACAUAUAAAUAGCCUAAAUUAUAUUUCACUCUUUUAAAGAAAUAAUGAAAGCACUUAAGGUUAAGCAAAGCCCAUGGGAAAAGUUUGCUGCGGUGUUUCUCUUUGGUUUCUUGUGCUCUUUCUAGAGAAUGACUUUAAGAAGUCAGGGCGGUCAGGUGGUCAGCGUAGUCACGCAGUCAUGAGCAGAUGGUUAAGCAAUGUGCUAGGGCUCCAUCGGCCAGUGAGCCCAGCUGAAGAGGAGAGUCUAGCCAGUGAGUCUGACUGAAGAGCACAGGCUAGCCAGUGAGCCUGACUGAAGAGCAGAGGCUAGCCAGUGAACCUGACUGAAGAGCACAGGCUAGCCAGUGAGCCUGACUGAAGGCUGAAGAGCAGUGAUUUUAACCUUUAUUUCUAAGUUCUUCAGUUUUCCUAAAAGACAAAAGUUUCCCUCCAUAAAGUUUGACUAAAGAGGUUCUCCUUGCUCUCUUCUUCUUAUCUCCUUUCCUCUUGCUCUUAUGACACAAUAAUUUCCUUACUCUCAAGGCCUUCCUCUCAACGCUGUGCCUUUACUUCUAAGUUCUUCUUGAGUUCUGUUCUCUUCAGUUCAGUUCUGUCUAAAAAGCUUCUCUCUCUUUGUACUCAGUAUUUGUAUAUCUUUCUGAACACAGCAUCACAUGGUGAAAUGUUCACCACAAGUUUGCACAGGAAUUCAAAUCAUAAGUUGGAUAAUCAGUUUACGACAGAGAAUGUUUACAUGCAUAUCCAUGAAGAGUAAUCCUCAGGAUAAACAGUCACCAUCUGUCACCAGCUCUGCACAUUCAUGGAGAGUUAAAAGCUGUAAUUUUUAUGAGAAAAAAAUAAGUGAAAUUACCUAUAGGCAAAUCCAGUCAGUUAUUUAUGUUCAGUCCAUGCACCUAUAGUAAAUGAUUUGUUCUCCUUUUAUGAACUUUGGUUAAUUGGUUUAUACCCUCUUAGGAUGGGCUCUAAUUUGUAGAUGCCUCCUUGGUAUUGGAGAAGCAAUUCACUCAUGACACUUUAAGAAUAGAAGAGAUCUCAAUGCAAUUUUGAUCACCAGAGAAAACAUAAUAGCAGUCCUAUUAUAAAAGCUUAAAAUUACUAAUCUAAUUUAGGAAUUCUUAUAGAACCAUCAUUAGGAAUUAAGAAAUCAACUAUUUGUCUAUACAUCAUCACGCCAAGACAAUACAUCUUUGUUGCUCUGUGGUGAUCUGCUCAAAAGAGUGGGGUAAAGAGCAUGACAAAUACAGAGGCAGAUGCUUGCAGUCAACCAUUUAGCUGAAAACAGGGUCCCAAAUGGAGAGUUAAGAGAAAGGAUUGAGGGAGCUGAAGGGGUUUACAGCCACAUAAGAACAACAGUAAGAAACACCCAGAGCUCCCAGGGCCUAAACCACCAUCCAAAGAGUACACAUGGACAGACCCAUGGCUACAGCUGCAUAUGUAGAAGAGAAUGGCCUUCUUGGGCACAAAUGGGAGGAGAAGCCCUUGGUCUUGUCAAGGCUUGAUGCCCCAGUAUAGAGGAAACCAGAACAGGGAGGCAGGUCGGCCUGGGAGUUUGGGUGGGUGGUAACACCCUCAUAGUAGAAGGGGGAGGCGUGUUAUAAGGGGUUUAGUGGAUGGGAAACCAGGAAAAGGGAUAACAUUUGAAAUGUAACAAAAGCCCUCUCUGGGGAUGGACAGCGGCUAAGGAUGCUCUGAGCACCUCCUUCCCUGCUGCCUCCCUUUGAUCACGACUGUGGUGUAUGGUGUCAGCCUGGGACUCCCCAUGGGAUGCUGCUGGCACUGGUCCUGGUGUUCAGGGCCAAGAGCAUGAUGAGCAAGGAGCACAUGGUUUGUCCCGAUUCAGAGCUGGGUGAGUGGCCACCAGAGGACUAGGACAGCUUCCUGUACAAUCAUGAGGACUUCCUGGGCAAGGAGGACUCCAAGACCUUUGAUAGUAAGCCUGGACGAGAGCAGGAGAGGCUGGGGAAAAUUGUUGAUCCAAUUGACAGUGAUGGAGGUGGCCUUGUUACUACUGAAGACCUGAAAGUUUGGAUCAAACAGGUACAGAAAUGAUACAUCAACCAUAAUGUGGCUAAACUCUGGAAGGAUUGGGAUACAUAUACGAAAAGAUCUCCUGGGAAGAAUACAAUCAGGCCAACUAUGGCUACUACCUGGUUAACCUUGCUGAAUUCCAAGAUAGCUCUGAUCAUCACAACUUUAAAAAGUUGCCUCCAUGAGAUGAGAGGAGGUUUAAGGCCUUGACGGUGACCUGACAGCUACUCAGGACGGGUUCAUUGCUUUUCUACACUAAGAGGAUUUAGAACAUAUGAAGGAGAUUGUAGUUCUGGAAACCCUGGAGGAUAUCGACAAGAACGGGGAUGGUUUUGUGGACCAGGAUGAGUACAUUGUGAACAUCUUUUUCUCACGAGGACAAUUGCCCUGAGACAGACUUGGUUUUGUCUGGGGAGCAGUUCAAUGAUUUCCCAGAUCUGAACAAGGAUGGGAAGCUGGACUAGGAUAAGAUUCGCCACUGGAUCCUCCCUCAGGACUAUGACCAUGCACAGGGUGAGUUCUGGCAUCUGGUGUAUGAGUCAGAUAAAAAAAGAUUCUUACCAAGGAGUAGAUUUUAGACAACUGGACCAUGUUUGUGGGAAGCCAUGCCACCAAUUACAGGGAAGAUCUUACCAAAAAUCAUGAUGAUAUUUGAAAGACACUCAUCCUCAUAUGGCCAACGGUCACAGGCUUUCUACAGAUGUUCUGCGUGAUUGCUAUAUUUGUCAAGUAUAUAGCAGUUGUGUCCCUAAACAAUGAGAAACCUUUCUAAAGCUCAAAAAAAUCAUACUUUGCACCACAAACAAUAAUAGUAGGAGAUUUAAACACCCUACUUUCAUCAAUGGACAGAUCAGGGAAACAGAAAUUAAACAGAGACAUAGAAAGACUAACAGAAGUUAUGAACCAAAUGUAUUUAACAUAUAUUUAUAGAACACUCCACCCUAAAACCAAAGGAUAUACCUUCUUCUCAGCAUCCCACAGUACCUUUUCCAAAAUUGACCAUAUAAUCGGUCACAAAACAGGCCUCAACAGAUACAGGAAGAUAGAAAUAAUCCCAUGUAUCCUAUCAAAAAACCACGGACUAAGGCUACUGAUCAAUAACAACAAAUAGGACAGAAAGCCCACAUAUACAUGGAAGUUGACGUCAAUGACAACUUGGUUGGUCAUUGGAGACAUAAGAAAAAAAUUAAAGAUUUCUUAGAAGUAAAUGAAAAUGAAGAUACAACAUACUGAAACUUAUGGGACACAAUAAAAGCAGCGCUAAGAGGAAAAAUCAUAGCUCUGAGUGCCUGCAAAAAGAAACAAGAGAGAGCAUAUUUCAGCAGCUACACAGCACACCUAAAAGCUCUAGAAAAAAAUUAAAUAAACCCUAGAGAAGUAGAAAGCAGGAAAUAAUCAAACUCAGGGCUGAAAUCAAACAAGAAGAAACAUAACCGAGUAUCAAAAGAAUCAGCAAACCCAGGAGCUGGUUCUUUGAGAAAAUCAACAAGAUAAAUAAACGCUUAGCCAUACUAACCAGAGGGCACAGAGAGUGUAUCCAAAUUAAUAAAAUCAGAAAUAAAAGGGAGACAUAACAGCAAAAUCUGAAGAAAUUAAAAAGAUCAUCAAAUCCUACUACAAAAACGUAUAUUCAACAAAACUGGAAAAUGUAGAGGAAAUGGACAAUUUUCUAUACAGAUACCAGGUACCACAGUUAAAUCAGGAAUAAAUAUACCUUCGAAACAAACCCGUAACUCAUAAAGACAUAGAAACUGCUAUUAAACAUCUCCCAUCACACCAGUCAGGAUGGCUAAGAUCAAAAACUCAGGUGACAACAGAUGCUGGUGAGGAUGUGGAGAAAGAGGAACACUCCUCCAUUGUUGCUGGGAUGGCAAACUGGUACAAGCACUCUGGAAAUCAGUCGGAAGGUUCCUCAGAAAAUUGGAGAUUGCACUACCUGAGCACACAGCUAUACCUGUCCUGGGCAUAUACCCAAAAGAUACUCCAACAUAAAACAAACACAUAUGAUCCACUGAGUUUAUAGCAGCCUUAUUCAUAAUAGCCAGAACCUGAAGUGAACCCAGAUGCCCUUCAACAGAGGAAUGGAUUCGAAAAAUGUGGUACAUCUACACAAUGGAGUACCACUCAGCUAUCAAAAACAAUGACUACGUUCAAUUCAUAGGCAAAUGGAAAAAACUAGAAAAUAUCAUCCACAGUGAGGUAAUCCAAUCACAGAAAAACACACUUGGUAUGCUCUUGGUAGCGAUGGCCUUGAAGCCCUCCAUUAUUGAUGUUAUUAUUAUGGUUAGCAUUAAGUAUGACUGGGUUCAUGGAAAAUCCCCAGCCAGCUGCAGAAGACUAAUACAAAUGUGGUGGUCAAGAUGAAUAAUCAUAUGAUAACGUGUGACGUUAAGAUACCCAAUGUCAUGACCUGUAACCUUUCUGAAAAACCAACAUCCUGCUGACUAAUAGAUAUGACAAACCUGUGAACUUUCUGACAACCUGUCAACAUCAGCCGAUUCCCUGACCACAUGAAUAUUGUGUCCUUGGCGUGGGUAAUUGUUUUUUACUUCUCUCCUCUCUCUGUUACCCUUUUUAUGGUACAAAUUCAGCCUUGGGGAAAAAUAAAAUUGUCGCCUUGAUCAGACUCUUGUCUUGGAGUCCUUCGUCACGUCUCUUGUCCCCCAUUCUCUUCCAGAUUCUCAGCACCCCUCAUUGACAGUAUGUACUCAUUGAUAAGUGGAUAUUGACCAAAACCUCAAAUUACCCAAGAUGCAAUCUACAGAUCUCAGGAAACUCAAGAAAAGGAUGACCAAAGUGCAGAUGUUCCCACACCUUCUUAAAAUGGGGAACAAAAGUAUCCAUAGGAGGGGAUAUGGAGGCCAAAUCUAAAGCAGAGCCUGAAGGAACAGCCAUUCAGAGCCUGCCCCACAUGUGGCCCAUGUAUAUACAGCCACCAAAACUAGGUAAGAUUGAUGAAGCUAAAAAGUGCUUACUGAAAGGGACUGGAUAUACAUCUCCACUGAGAGACACAUGCAGAGCAUUUCAAAUAAAGAGGUCAGUGCUGGCAGUAAACUAGUGAACUGAGAGCAGGACGCCAUUUAUGGGAAUUAGAGGAAGGAUUCAAAGAGCUGAAGGGCUUGCAACCCCAUAAGAACAGCAAUGCCAACCAAAUAAACCACUAGCAAAAGACUAUACGUGGACUGACCCAGGGGUCCAACUGCAUAUGUAGGAGAGAAUAGCCUUGUUGGGGCACCUGUGGAAGGGGAAGCCCUUGUUCUUAACAAGGUUGGACCCUGAGUGCAGGGAAAUAUCCGGGAAGGGGUUUCUAAGUGGCAUGGAUUGGGGGACCAUAUAUAUGGGAGAGGGCACGGCAGGGGGGUUUAUGGACCAAAAGCUGGGAAAGGGAAUAACGUUUGAAUAAAACAUAUAUAUCUAUUAAAAAAACUAAAAUUUAAAAAAAUGAUACUAAUGCCAAAAAAUAAUCAAAAAAUGUGAAUAAGAAAGAAAUUUUAGGAUUUGGAAAAAGAUGAAUGCCAGGUAUUUGAAAAACUGUAUGAUCAUGGUCAACACUUUAAUAUACUUGAGAAAUUUUUUUACAUGUUAAUGAACUGCAUCUUUUUAAAUAGUGAAUGGAAAUCCAGUCCCUUCCUGGCUGUGAGGCUGGGGAUCCAGAUGUAGUGGAAUUCAUUAUUUGUUGGUCCUGAAUCUUUGAGUCUGCUUCUAACUCAGCUUAUGCCAAGGAAACUAGGCCAAGGUGAUAUCUAAGCCAUUGACCAAACUAUCUGGACUAACAAUCACAGGUGAAAUUCCACCUUGUAAAUGGGAGGAGAGGAAUAAAAGAUACCUUUAAAGAUUUAAAAAAAAUGAAAUGUACCCCAAAAAAUCCAAUAAAAAAGUUUAAAAUAAAAAUAACUUAGGAAAUACAAAAUACUGGGUUACCAUUCCACAAUCAUGAUGUGUUUCUUCUGUGAUAGCUUACAGGUUAAUUUACUUUUCUAUGACUGUUUUCUUAUUUGAAAGUAAGUAAUGGCAUCAUCUGUGGAGUGAUGGUGAGAACAAAAGCUUUGCCUAACUUGAACAAUCGAUCCCUCCUGAGCAUGUGCUUAACAUUCUAAGCACAGGGAAAUUUCCUGAGGGGAUUAAAGAACAAAAUCCAAACAUAAAACAGGAACAACAAUGAUUUAAAAACAUUCUGCAUUCUGGGUAUGAAGGCAUGUUACAACUUUAAUCAGCUUUGUAGGUAUUUCUAAUAAACACACAAAGAAACAAAAAUCCUAUCACAGUCCUAGCAGUUGCAUCCAACAAAGAGAGAGCUGUGAGGUAGUGUGUGCUGCUUCUUUCCCCAGAUACCCCUGGGCCUCAGGCCUGCACCCAGUGAGCUGGACCAAGAGCAGCCAGGUUGAAAUUCCUGCUGCCAUGGCAGGAUUCUGCAGGAACAUUUCCCUUUGACAACAAGGAACCUGUGUGGAGGAGACCUCUUGGUGAGUCCUCAAGGACUCUACAUGUCCUAUUCUGCAGGGAGAAGCCCUGCCAGGUCUUUGGCAAGGCCAGCCAGUUGUCUGGGGAAGUCUCUGGUCCUGUGGCAGAGGGCGAGGAAUGGCAGAAAGAAGGGCAGCUCCACUGAGAGCAAAGGAUAACCCUUCUAGGCCUAUGACCUCCUAAUUAAUUUAUCUUUUCACCUGAUGCCUAUUCACAUUUUCUUACUAUCAUACAACUGUGAUCUUGAUGAGCAGCUGGGCUCUUGUUUUCUUAAUCAGUUCUUUGUUGUCACAGACGUUUUUAACUUACUCCAGCCCCUGAGAAUUAUUCACACCUUCUGUAUGCAGUAGGACCCUUGGUGGGCCUGUCAUCUCAAAAAUAGAAGGUUCAGUAAUCCACAAGAUUGGACUCCAGUCUACCUCAGGCCAGGAAAGAAGUCAGCCACCAUUAGUAAAAGAGCAAGGGAAAAAUUACAUAGGAAAAACAAGUGGCUUAAUCAGAAGAAAAGAUCCUCAACUUCUAAGGCCCGCACAUCUGCACCCCUCUCUUCUGAGCUUUGUAUAGUGAUGUUGUAUAACUCCAGAUGGUAGUAAAAGGCAGAGUUCUUCCCAGAACGUCAUACAUGAUUUUCACUCUUACAUCUGUGAGGUUUGGUGGCAUUAUAGCACACAUUCAGGUGGGAUUAUAAAACCUAGGAUAAGAAGACAGAAUCCACAUAUCACAAUGCCAAAUGGACACCCUCCAGAACUUAUGGACCCAUUAAAAUUGAGCUUCAACCUGACCUCACGCCAUUCCACUCCCUUCCCGUUCUCCUGAUUGUUAUGUUUGCUAGAAGUAAAAGAUCAUGGUGCAGCCCCCAAUAUUCUCAUGCCUGGACUUGGCUAUUCAGGAAGAAUGAUAUUGUAAAAGUGAUGGCUACGUAGUUACAAUGUAGUAACACAAGGUCCAGGUUGACAUUUGCUCACUGAUGUCCAAUUUAAUUGUCUUGUUAUAUUUGAGAAAAGGAAGAUAUCCUACAUAAUAUAUAAAAGGGACAGAAACUUAUUCUUUUAUAUAUGCCCUGUAGUUGAUCACUAUGUUCCCAUGGAAAAGGAGUUUUUAUUGCAAAAGAAAUAGGAUUAUAGACCAUUGAUUUUGUGAAAUACAUGGAUAUGUAAAUGGAAACAAUGUCGGCUGUCAAGGACUGCACAGUAAGCAAAUAUUUCCAGGUUUUAUACACUCAGAGGUAUAGAAGAAAUAUAUUGGCCUCCAGAAAAAGGGAAAACCUUAGGAAUGGAAAUGUGUGUCACAUGCAUUGUCUCAAGUAGUAGAUUUACUUUUAAGUAAAGUCUCCCUCCUCCUUGGUCCCUAGAGAUUUGGGUGCUAAGAAAAAUCUGCUCUCAAAUUCAGGGUUGUAAGCAGCCCUCCCCAGCAAAAGCAUUGUUGACUUUUAAUGAAGCAGAGAGAAAUAUCUAGCUUUGAAAUAGAGGUUGCCAAAUGGUAUUCCCAGCGACACAUGAGAGACUGGAGGAAAGGGUCCCCACAGAAAAUCAUUAGUUUGGGGAGAGCUGGUUAGUAGGUAGGCCAUAGAACUUUCCAGUGACAUCACCAGUAAGCACUUCACUGGGCAAUCUAUUGUAUCUAAGAGAUCCCUAGAAUCUUCUGUGAUGUCACCAGUGUUGUGGUGACACCAACUGCCUUUGGGAUCUUUCUUCAGUUCCCUUUGGGUUCACAAGCAGGCAUGUUUCGCCAGCUGCUCAGGCUAUUUCGGAAGGAAAGGGGAGAUCAAGGAGAGACCAUACCAGGUCAGAGGGAAGCUGACCCCCUCUCUAGUGAAACAGGAAGGAGGAAAUCAUUCUGGGGAAGGCCUGGAUUUGGUAGGAAGGCAUCAUCCCAAAGUGUAAUAAGUCAGCAAGUGGAGUGUCUAAAGGAACUGGAGGAACUCAAAUUUGAAAUCCAGAAGUGUCAAUUCGAGAGGGAUGAACUUUACCAAAUCCUGGACCUUUAUAUCUAUGAUGAUUGGGACCACAGGCUGGAUGUCGAAUUGCCAGUCCUUCAAUCCGAACAUGAGAUGAGAAUGAUGGCUAUGCAAAUGAUGACCAACUCAAUAAGUGAGGCCAUGGAGAGGUACAAGGAGCUCAUACAAGUGAACAGUUCCUACCGCAUCAGGCAAUCCCAGCUCCUGCGUGAACAAGCUCAAUUGGAGAACAAUAUACAGAUUUUGCUGAAUGAGAAGAGAAAACUGCUGGUGGAGCAGACUGAACUGCCAGCAUCCUCUGUGGAGACAAAGAGGUUCUGUGAAGAGGCCGGAAUGAACAUCUGUGACCCCAGAGCCAAGCAACAGCAGGUCUGAAAUUCUCCAGCAGAAACUCGAACAUGACACAGUCCAGGACAAGAUCUCCCUUGGAGAGAAGAGCUACAGGAGGAGAACUAAGUGUGCACAGCAAAUACACCACUAUUGCAUCUCACCUGUAAUGUCCAUAGCAACUGUGGACUGCAUUUUCCUCCUGUAGUUUGAUUUCUUUGGAUUGAAUACGCUGUAUUUUCACCAUGCCUCUCUCCAGCAAGUGUACACUUUUUGAGGGACUCAGAGAAGUGCUGAUGCACAUCAAUCAAGAGCUGCUGGUCAUCCAGAAAGACUGUGCACAUGUAAAUUUGUACUUGUCCUGGUGGGUCAUCCAGAAGAGUUUCAUGGAGAUCAGUUCACAAUAUUGGAAAGACUUUGUGACAAAGUCUGUAAUAUAAUUUCUACUCAGUGUUGGAUGGCUUUUUCCUUAAUACCCCCACUCCAACAAAACAGACCUACUUCCACUCGUCUUGAAAAGAUUAUUACCAUCACUAACUGCUUGUCUACUAUGUCUCCAAGGCAAGCCACAGGCUAUAAGUCUAUUCUGCAAAAGGAGCAGCAAAAAAUGCUUAGUGCAAUUCCUCUAUUUAAAGUUUGGUUAAUUUUUAAUUGUUUUGGUUAUUUGGUUUUCCUUCUAUUCAUUUGAAGAUUUGUUAUUUAUCUGUUGUUGUUGUUUUCUUCAUUUGCUUUUCUAUUUUGAUAAGGAUAUAGACUGUAUAUAUUGACUACCUGCAUCUGGUUACUAUCAAGUAAAUUGGAUGUAUUCUGGUCAAUAAAGGAGUAAUCUCAAA